AUAUAUCUGCUGGUAAUAAAAACAGAUGACUGCAUUUAUAACUAUCAAUGAUUAACUAGUGAAAGAGAUUAGAGGAUUGAAAGCUCAUUCUGACAUUGUUGAAGAGAGCCUCGACACCAGUACACUGCGGGAGAUCUCAUCGACAUUUAGAGGCAAACCGAGGGGAAGAAAAAGUUGGUGAGUGAUAAUUUUGAAACACCAAAGGAUAGCUGCUCUUUUUCCUGAGCUGCCAUGUGUGUUCAGAGACUUUCAGAGAUCCUGUGUCUCUGAGCUGCAACCACAGCUUCUGUUCGAGCUGCCGGCCAGAAACUCUGGGAACAAAAUACCUGGACAAAGUCCUGUCCUGAACUGAAUACCAAAGUUAAUUUCCCUCUGAAAGACAUCCUGACUCCAUCUGCUGGUGAAUACAUGACAUAGCAGCAUUUCCUGCUGUUGAUCAAUCAUCCUGUGACAGAGGUGAGAGAAAAACAAAGAGGAUUUUGACAUUGUUGAAAAGAGCGGGGACGCCAUUACAGGGUGUGAGAUCUCUGCUGGGAGACACGUUUGGAGGAUCUGAAACACUCAAGAGAAAGGACAUACCUUAGUGAGUUUUGCUUUUAUAAGACAACAGAGACCGAGACAAAUGGCUGAGAAAAAACCCUCUUUUGAAAGUUACCUGAGCUGCCAUGUGUGUUCAGAGACUUUCAGAGAUCCUGUGUCUCUGAGCUGCAGCCACAGCUUCUGUUCGAGCUGCCUGCAGACAUUCUGGGAACAAAGUAAGAACAGAAACUGUCCCAUUUGUAAAAGAAAGUCCUCAAAAGAAGAACCGUGGGCAAAUUUUACACUAAAGGAGCUGGCUGACUCCUUUGCUGAGAGACCGAAAGCUGGAUCAUCUGAGACAGAAAAAGGAGAGAAGAAGGUGGAGGUGGUGUGUAGUAAACACCAAGAAGAGCCUACAUUGUUCAGUAAGGAUGAAGAGAGAGCUCUGUGUCCUGUCUGUGACUUUUCUCUCCACCAGAGUCACGAGGUGGUUCCUGUAGAACAAGCAGUCAGUGAGCUGAAGGACCUGCUGAAAUCUGACUUAGAGUCUCUGCAGGACAAGAGGGACACAUACAAAGGAGUGGAGACAACAUACAAUGAAGUGAUUCAAGUGUCCAAGAAGCAGCUGCUGUCCACAGAGAGGCAGAUCAGAGCAGAGUUCAUCAAGCUCCAUCAGUUCCUGAAAGAGGAAGAGGAGACCAGACUGGCAGCUCUGAGGGAGGAAGAGGAGCAGAAGGGGAAGACUAUCAGCAGAGAGAUGAAGAGCAUUCAGGAGCACAUCUCCUCUCUGUCACACAGUAUCUCUGCUGUUGAAGAAGAGCUGCAGAAACACAACGGGCCCUUCCUCAGCAGUUAUAAAGCCACUCAGAGCAGAGCCAGAGUCCAGAGCUCACUGUCAGACCCACAGCUGCUGCUCUCAGGAGCGCUGAUAGAUGUGGCCAAACACCUGGGCAACCUGUCCUUCAGAGUCUGGGAGAAGAUGAAGGACCAGGUCCACUUCAGUCCUGUCAUUCUGGACCCAAACACUGCAAGCAGCUGGCUCUCUCUGUCUGACGAUCUGACCAGUGUGAGACGUGGAGACAAAGAUCAGCAGCUUCCUGAUAAUCCAGAGAGAUACACUCACUAUGCUAGUGUUCUGGGCUCUGAGGGCUUCAGCUUAGGGAGACACAGCUGGGAGGUGGAGGUGGGAGAUUAUCCUGACUGGUAUAUAGGUUUGACUAAAGAGUCAGUUGACAGGAAGGGUGAGGUAUUUGCCUCACCAAAAUUUGGAAUCUGGUGUUUAGCACAUCGCAGUGGAAAAUACACUACUGGUGCUGGUAAGACUCUCAGAGUGAAGAAGAAUCUCCAGAGGAUCAGAGUCCAGCUGGACUAUGGGGAGGUGUCCUUCUACGACCCUGAAGGCAUGACUCCCAUCUACACUCACAGAGACACUUUCACUGAGAAACUCUUCCCAUAUUUCAGUAUUGGAACAGCUGGUGAUGCUAAAACUGCUGAUAUCAAAAUCUGUCAAACUAAGAUUCCUCUGUGAUGCUCAGGAGUGUUAGUUCAGACUUUAUUCUGACUUCACUGUCCGUCUAGAUCUCUUUGAAAUAAUCAAGAUAAGAAACAGAUGAUCAUCAGAUCAUAAUUUUAGCCUGUAAGAUUUCUAAAUGUUCUGAAAAUGUGAUCAUGUUUUAUUUACAGCUUUCCCAAAGUCCCAGUGUAAAAAAAACAUUGUUUUUAGUUAUAGUUAAUAUUUGGUAAUAGUUGUUCAUAGGCUGUGUGUCGUGUUCAUGUAACUCACUGACAUUUUUUUUUUUAUCUUAAUCUAAAAAUAAUUGUUGACACAUGGAAGAGGAAUGUUUACAUUUUUUAACCAACAUCUUUAAAUCAAUUAACAGAUCUUCUGUUUUCCUUUAAUAGAGAGGCGAAGUCCCGCUCAUCUACUUCCGACCCAUGGGACCUUAUUUCGGAAAAAGUAUGUAUUGAAGUCAAUGGGGAGAGAAAGAUUAUGUUUCGAUCCCGUUUGAA